GGAGGAAAGGCGCCCUAACAACCACCGUCAGCUAGCUCAGGAGGGACUGGAUCACGGCUCUGUGGACAAUCUGAUCGUCAGCCGAAAAACAAACGAACAUUUGCAUGGCUGCCGUUAAAAACUCUCCGAACAAUUUGAAUAGAAACGUUUCGGGAGUCGGAGUAGGGCCAGAUCUCACGAAGAUGAAACCAGACUUCCAGACCAGAAACAACAUGAGCGUCAGUCUUCCAAAUUUGGUAUUGGGGUCUUCAGUCAUGUCCCUCCCUCGUGUCAAGGAAGAAGAAGAAGAAGAUAUCCCGGUGUCACCUCCUGAAGAAGAACUGCGAGGCAUGUGUGAUCACGUGGACAGCGGGUGGUCUUGGGUUGUCAUGGUAGCAGGAGCAGUGGGACUCUUCCUUGGCAACGGGUACUUGUAUAGUUGCGGUGUGUUCUACCUGCCAUUAUUGGAGGAUCUGGGUGAAGGGGACGUUCUCACCUCCAUGGUGGGUUCCGUGUUUCUGGGACAGACCAUUAUAUCAGGCUUCCUGGCCAGUAUACUGUGUGACAAGCUGGACUGUAGGAGAGGCUGUAUGAUAGGAGGGUUGUUCACCGCCGCUGGUCUGGUGGGAAGUUUCUUUGCCAGUAACUGUACACACCUCAUCAUAUCAUUUGGGGUGUUUACAGCGCCAGAAGAUCCUUUGCCAUUGCCAUCAUGCAAACCGGAGCUAGUGUGGGACAAAUGGUUUGGGGACCGCUGA